GAAGUUGGUGAUAUAUAAGUGUGCGGAAGAGCACAUUGUAAUUAUUUGGACUUCUCUUAGAUCCCCUGAUGGGCAGAAUUUCCUCAGCCAUAGAAUUCCCUGAACGCCGCCGUCCCAAUGGUCAUCUCGACAAUGGUAGGUAUUCUCCCGAUUCUCGUAGGUACCAGCGCCGUAGCCCUAGUCCCAGACGCGGCCGAGGCCGAGGAAGAAGUCUGAGCCGCAGCCCCAGCCCUAGACGUGGGCGAGGCCGAAGUCUGAGCCGCAGCCGUAGUUUGAGUCGGAGCCGGAGCCGGAGUGGAAGCCCGAUCACCAACGGCUAUAACAGGUACCGUCGUUCUUCCCCGGAUUAUUCAUACCCUCGUCUCGAAGAAACCCAAAAAUCUGGUGAAAGAAAGAAAUUAGAUUAUGAUAAUCGGAAAAAACCCUACCUCGACCGAGAUUAUCGAAACGGGCGAUAUUCUGAGUCUGAAUCAGAUGAAGAAUUAAAAGCCCUACCUUUUGAAGAGUACCGCAGGCUCAAACGUCAGAAAUUGAGAAAAAAGCUUACAAAUAGUUUUUGGAAUUGCACUCCUAGUCCCCCUAGGGAUCCGAAUGCAAAAUCGGAUGGAGAAUUGGAGGAGGAUGCUGGAGUUGCCGAGGAAAAGCAGAGCAAGGGAUUGAAGGCAGGUGAAGAAAAUUCGACAGGGAGUGAAUCUGAUUCGGUGACUGAGGAUUCUGAAUCCGAGUCAGAUGAUUCUAGGUCGAGAAGGGAUAGGAAAUCUGGUUCUAGGCGUAGAAGUAAGAGAUCGAAGUCUCUUUCUGAGAGUGACAGUCUAUCUGAGGAGGAAUCCAGUGAGGAAGAUUCACAGGAAGAUAGGAGAAGGAGAAGGAGAAGGAGUGGGAAAAAGAGUAGCAAGAGAAGUAACAGGAGAAAGAGAAGUAGUCGGAGAAAGAGCUUAUCAAGUGAAAGUGAGAGUGAAAGUGAAGAUUCUGAUAUGAGUGAUCAUGUGAAGUCGAAGAAGCGGAAGCAUCGAUCAUCUUCAAGGUCCAAAAGAAGCAAGAAGAAGAGAGAAACGGAAAGUGAGUCUUCAUAUUCAAAUGAGAAUGAUUCUGGUUUAGAAGCUGAUGCCAAGGAUGUUGCUUUGAAGGCAGAUGAGGUUAAAGCUGAUGAUGAUGUCAAUAGUGAGGUACUCAAGUUUAAGGAAAUGAUUGAGUUGCGGAAAAAACCGAACUUGGAUGAUGAGCCAGUGGUUGGUCCAAUGCCUCUGCCAAGAGCAGAAGGACAUAUCAGCUAUGGUGGUGCACUUCGGCCUGGUGAAGGUGAUGCUAUUGCGCAGUACGUUCAGCAAGGGAAGCGUAUCCCUCGUAGAGGUGAAGUGGGUCUUUCAGCUGAGGAGAUCUCUAAGUUUGAGAGUCUUGGCUAUGUGAUGAGCGGUAGCAGACAUCAGCGGAUGAAUGCUAUUCGUAUCAGAAAGGAAAACCAGGUUUACAGUGCAGAGGACAAGCGGGCACUAGCAAUGUUUAACUAUGAGGAGAAGGCCAAGCGCGAGCAGAAGGUUAUGGCUGAUUUGCAGCGGUUGGUGCAGCGUCAUAUUGGGCAGGAUGCUGGUCCUUCUCAUGAUCCAUUCGGUGGAAGAGCUGCUGAGGGUGCUGAUGAUUGAUCAAUGUACUAUUUUACUAUGUCAGUGACUCAAUAUGUAGUUUAUGAUUGCCAGAGUUAUUUUCUGUUUGGAUGAUGUAAGAAUGUCUUUUUUCUUCUGUUGGCAUUAACUACCAUUUGCACAACUUUGGGACUUUUAAGAAAUUAUCAUUUCUGUUGAAGUUUUGAUUACUGGAA